AUGGCGGUCACUUGGGAACGUGUCAAGCUAGAGACAACCAGCGACCCAGACUUACAAACUCUGACCACCAUCAUUGAAUCAGGAUUCCCAGAGUUCCAGCAUGAGCUCCAACCUGCCCUUCAGGAAUACCACAGGUUCCACCAGCACCCCCAUACCAUCGAUGGUGUCAUCCUCUACAAAGAUCGCAUUGUGGUACCCACCUCUCUCAGAGAUGCGAUAUUGUCAACGCUACAUUCUGCCCACCAAGGGGUCACAUCAAUGACAGCCAGAGCAGAGUCAGCCAUCUUCUGGCCAGGCAUCACACCUGCCAUCACAGCACUACGUGAACGGUGCUCCCACUGCAACCGAAUGACUCCUUCACAGCCAAGUGCCCCACCGUACCCAUCAACACUACCAGCAUACCCGUUCCAAUGCAUUUGUGCUGACUACUUCCACUACAAAGGGGUCAACUACCUUGUAGCAGUAGACAGAUAUUCUAAUUGGCCAAUUGUUGAAAGAGCAAGGGAUGGUUCUGCUGGUCUUAUUGAAUGCCUCAGACGUACCUUUGCAACAUAUGGUGUCCCCGAUGAAUGCGCAACUGAUGGAGGACCACAGUUCACUGCACAAUCAACACAACAGUUCCUUAAAGAUUGGGGAGUCCAUCACCGCCUAUCCUCAGUUGCAUUCCCACACUCCAACUGCAGGGCGGAGAUCGGGGUGAAAACCGUCAAACGGCUGAUCACCAAUAACACAGACCCACAUGGGGACCUGAACACCAAUGAAUUCCAGAAGGCGAUACUACAGUACCGAAACGCCCCCUACCCGAACACGAAGUUGUCUCCUGCUCAGUGUGUCUUCGGUAGACCCAUAAAGGAUUUCAUCCCCAUACUGCCUGGGCGCUAUCUCCCCCAUCCUACCUGGCGCCAUACCCUUGCGUUGAGAGAAGCCCUACGAAACCGACACAUGCAAGCAUCAGAGAGCUGGGCUGAGCAUACCAAAAGGCUCCCUCCCCUGGUAGUUGGAAACCAUGUCAGAACCCAGAACCAGACCGGACCACACCCCACACGAUGGUACAAGACAGGAAUUGUCGUAGAAAUGAGACAGUUUGGCCAAUAUGUGGUACGAGUUGACGGAUCAGGAAGAAUCACCAUCAGAAACCGCAAAUUCCUAAGAAAAUACAUACCAGUUCAGGCAGCACCACCACGGCGCCUACUAAGCGACGAUUUCAAAUUCCUCAGCAAACCUUCAUCCAUUAUGCCACCCAAGCCAAGUCUUGAAGCCCUGACGCCCCGGUCUACCAGUGUCCCCCCAGCAGGCCAGACCAAAGUUGGCAGGGAAGAUCGCACUAUGCCACCUGAGCCACCAUCAAACCCUGAAACAGCGCACGUACAACCAGAGAGUCCCACACAGCUACCUGUUGAGGCUGAAGCAAGUCCAGCAAUACCUCCUCCAGAGCAGAAGCUCCCAUUGGCCUUGAGAAGGCUCAGGGACCAUAACAACAAAGGUCUACUAGAACAAUGA